AUGGCGAAUUCGGUACCCGACAGGGCGCAAGCACCUAAACAGCGGCUGAUGAUCAGGGAGAUGAUCCUGGAAAACUUCAAAUCCUAUGCGGGGGAGCAAAAAGUUGGUCCCUUUCAUAAGUCCUUCUCUGCAGUGGUAGGCCCAAACGGCAGCGGCAAGUCAAACGUAAUUGACGCGAUGCUCUUCGUUUUCGGGCGAAGGGCGAAGCAGCUACGCUUCAACAAAGUAUCGGAGCUAAUCCACAAUUCCCAGAACCACCGGAACCUGGAGUUGGCGCGUGUUACAGUUCGUUUUCAGGAGAUUUUAGAUCAGGAGGGCGAUCAGUACACCGUCAUUCCGGGUUCCGAGUUUAACGUUGCACGCACUGCUCAGCGCAACAACGAGUCACACUACUACAUCAACGGCCGCAAAGUCAGCACAAAGGAUGUCACCGACCUGCUCAAGGGAAAGGGCAUCGAUCUGGACAACAACCGCUUUCUCAUCUUACAGGGUGAGGUGGAGCAGAUCUCCAUGAUGAAGUCCAAGGCCGAAGAUAAGAACGAUACCGGGCUGCUAGAGUACCUUGAGGAUAUCAUCGGCACUGACAAGUACGUACAGCCCAUUGAGGAGGCGUACAAGAAGCUGGAGGAAGUUAAUGAGAAGCGGCUGGGUAUGGUCGCCCGGCUCAAGUCUGCCGAAAAGGACAAGGACGCGCUGGAGGAUAAGGCGCUGGAGGCGAAGCAGUACCUUGAGAGGAAGGCGGAGAUGCUAAAGCUUCACAUCAACGCUACACACGUGUUUGGCAUGGAGGUCCAGGUCAAACUGAAAGCCGCGGAGGCAAAGACCACGGAGCUGAAGGAGAAGCUGGCGCAUGAACGCGUCAAAUCCAAGGAUCACGAAAAGGAGCUGGCGGCGGCGGAGAAGAAAUAUACGACAGCGGAGAAGGCGCAUGUGGCAGCAAUCGACGCCGCAGCCGAGGCAUACAAGGAGCUGGAGCGCAAGGACGCGCAGAACAACGAAACGGUCAAGGCCUUAAAAACGAAACUCAAAAAAGCGACCGACAAGAUGGCUUCGGACGUGCAGCAGCUUGAGAAACUGGAUGAGGAGAAACGUGCGUGCGAGGCUGCCGCGCCACAUCUCGUAGCACAGCUGGAGAGGCUCAAUGCCGACCUGGCCGAGUCAGAGGCCGCACUGGAGAGCAUGAAGGAGGCGCUGAAGGGCGAGGUGGAGGGUUACCACCAACAGCUGUCGCAGGUGCGCAACGAGCUGGCGCCCUGGGAGAAGAAGAUCAGCGAGGUGCAGGCGCGCAUCUCCGUGGGGCAGCGUGAGAUGGAGUUGCUGCAGCGCCAGGAGACGGAGGCGAAGAAGCGCCUGGAGAAGGCCACCAAGGAGCUGGAGGACGCGCGGUCAGCUGCCGGCAGCAAGGAGCAGCGAAUCAAGGAGCUGGAGGCGCUGCUCCAAACUCGCCGGGGGGAAAUCGAGGGCCACAAGCAAGAGCUGGCCGCCGCGCAAGCAGCGGAGAGAAAGGUCGAGGAGGAGCUUGCCGUGAUCCGCGAAAAGAGCGUACAACUGAGGGCCGACCUGAGUGCCAGCCAAGGCCAGAGCGGUGUCAUGCGCGAGCUGAUGGCGGCCAAGUCCCGCGGCGAGUUGAGUGGAAUCUACGGCCGCCUCGGUGACCUAGGCGCCAUUGACACGAAGUACGAUGCGGCCGUGUCCACUGCCGUGGGCGCGCUGGACAACGUGCUGGUGGAGACUGCCAGCGACGCGCAGCGGGCGGUCGAGCACCUGCGCCGCACCAACGCGGGCUGCGCCACGUUCCUCAUCCUUGAGAAGCAGGCGCACCUGGAGCGGCCGGCAUCGGAGCGCAUUGAAACACCGGAAGGCUGCCCUCGCCUGUUUGACCUGAUCAAAAUUAAGGACCCCAAGCUGCGGCGAGCUUUCUUCUACGCCUGCGGCAACACCCUGGUGGCCAACGACCUGGAGCAGGCUUCUCGCAUUGCGUACGGACAGGACAGGCGCUUCCGCCGCGUGGUGACGCUGCAGGGGCAACUCAUUGCGGACAGCGGCACCAUGUCGGGUGGUGGCAGGCCGCAGACGGGUCGCAUGGCGCUGGGCAACGCGGCGCCGCGGGGCGCUGCAACGGACGCCCGCGCAGCUGAGGCCGAGCUUCGGGAAGUUGAUAAGCAGGCAGACCAACUGGGCCAGCGGGUGGCCGCGUCCCAGACCGCCCUGCGGGGAGCUGAGAAGGAGCUGGCGGUGCUGGAGACGGACCUGCCCAAGGCACGCAUGGAAGCUGAGGCCAACUCGCAGCGGGCAGCUGACCUGGCUCAGCGCAUGUCCGGUCUGCAGGAGGCAACUAAGGUGGACGCGGCGGAUGCUUCUCGGAUCAAAGAGCUGCACGUUGCCGUGUCCAAGGAGCAAGUCAACCUGCUCACUCUCAAGGAACAGUGGAAGUUCAUACGGAUAGUGUAUAAACACGCGUCCGCAGGUGGCGAGAAGCUGCGCUCGCUGAAGACCAAGGUGGAGAAGGCACGCAAGAAGAUUGAGGAGACGGAGGCCGACAUCAGCAAGAAGCAGGUGCAGGCCAAGUCCAACGGCAAGCAGAUCGAGAAGAUCAAGAAGGAAAUCAGCAAGCAAGGCAAGGACAAGGAGAAGCUGGAGGCCGAACUUCAGGCCUGCGCGGACGUUGCCAAGAACAUUGAGGACGAGGCGGAGAAGCGCGACCUGAUUCGACGGAAUUCCGGCAUUAUUAAGCAGACGACGACCGCCCUCGAGGAGGAGCUGGAGAAGAUGGGCAAGAUUGCCAAGGAGGAAAGCAGAAGAGGCGACGAGCUGAUGGAGCAGCGCAACAAGCACCGGAAGCAGCUGGCCGAGGUUCUCGGUAUGUCUUUCCCCUGGAGCUUGAAUUCAGGAAUUCACAUGGCAUUCCGCAUGCAAAAGUCGGCAGAUAAUCAAUCUGACCCUGAUCCUAUAGCAUCUGUGACCAUGCGCUUUCCGACGAUCCAUGUACAUCACCUCUGCUGGCUGUUUUAUGUCCAGGCCACGUUGCUAUAUGCGGACCUCCAGAAGUUAAAUCCGGAUUUGAUGGCCAUUGAAGAGUACAAGCAGAAGAUGGCGGAGCACGCUGAGCGAGCCAAGGAGCUCGAGGCGGCAACCGCAGAGCGUGACAAGCUGCGGAAGGAACACGAGGCUCUGCGCAAGUCACGGCUCGACGGCUUCAUGGCAGGCUUCGAGGCAAUCAGCCUUCGCCUCAAGGAGGUGUAUCAAAUGAUCACCUGUGGAGGCGACGCGGAGCUAGAGCUUGUCGAUUCGCUGGACCCCUUCUCGGAGGCAAGUGGAAUUGUCUUCAGCGUGCGGCCACCGAAGAAGAGCUGGAAGAACAUAUCAAACCUGUCAGGCGGCGAGAAGACGCUGAGCAGCCUGAGCCUUGUCUUUGCGUUGCACACCUACAAACCCAACCCGCUGUACGUCAUGGAUGAGAUUGACGCCGCGCUGGACUUCAAGAAUGUCUCCAUCGUGGGCCACUACAUUAAAGAGCGCACCGCGGGCGCCCAGUUCGUCAUCAUCUCGCUGCGCAACAACAUGUUUGAACUGGCAGAACGGCUGGUGGGCAUCUACAAGACGGACAAUGCCACCAAGACGGUCGCCAUUAACCCAGGUCGCUUCGCGUUAGUGAAGCCAGAGAAGGAGGAGGAUCAAGAGCAGCGGCCCCCGGGCUUCAUCCAAGUGGCGAGCGGAUAA